CUGGCUCUGCAGCAGCCACCAGCCUACGAGUAUCGCUUCAUCGGUGCUGCCGAGGCAGAGGAACCGGCCGGAGGAUGCUCUGUGCCCCGGAGGGACUCGGUGCCCAGGAGGGACUCGGUGCCCCACAGGGCCUCGCCGCCGGUGCUCAGCUCUUUUCGGGUCCCCCCAGGGCUGAGCCCCCACCCCGCUGAGCCCGUGCGCCCCUCGCACUCCCUGGAUGACCUGGCACGGGUGACACCGGCGCCACGCGGAGCCACCACCAUGGGGUCACGCGGGGACCCCCCAGGACACACUCGCCCUCUCGGCAAGAGCCGCUCCGAGACCCUCUACGACCCCGGCAAGGACAGGGACGCGGCCAGGAGGUGGCCAGGGUCCGGCCAUGUGGCUCAGGCACGCAAGGAGCCGGAGGAGCCACCUGCCCCCAUCUACCUCAACAUCCAGGAGCUGCAGGAAGAAGCCGCAGCCGCCAGCUCGAUCCCGGAGGAGCCCAGCAGCUCCGUGUCAGACUGGGAAACCCACACAGAUACAGACAGUGGACAUUUGUUUUAUUAUAACCCGGUGACGGGCGAGACCACGUGGGAUUGUCCUUUUGGGCAGGCAGAAGAUGGAGUGAGUCCGGUCGCCUCUCCCGCCUCCUCGCUCGCCCAGAGCCCGGACUCUCCCGAGUGGGAACAGUACAUGGACGAAGCCAGCGGACAGGCUUUUUUCUAUAAUUCGGUAACAGGUGAGACGUCGUGGGACCCCCCCCAGGCGGGAGACGGAGGCAGCUCCCAGGAUAUGUACCCUGGGGUGACGCGGUACCAUCCCAUGGAGCAGAGGCCACCCACACCAGAAGCGGACUAUCCUGACCUGUCUCCAGAUGAGCUGGAGGGUUAUCCCGAGGAGGACUACUCGCCCGUGGGCUCCUAUGAUCAGGGGGCCGCUCUCUGUCUGCCCCCGAGGCACCCCGAGGAGCUGGGCUCGCCCCCGGGCUGGUACAGGCACAGCCACCCCGAGGGAGCCGUCUUCUGCCCCGAGCACUUCACCUCCGACACGAAGCAGAGGGCAGGGGCUCUGGGGUGCAGCGGGGCCAGCCCCAGCCAGGACAGCGGGCUCUCCGCCCGGCACAGCACCGUGCCACCCCAGCUGGGGCUCAGGGAGGAGAAGUUUAAAAGCCUCGAAAAAGCCGGAGUGCUCAACCGGACUAAGACAGUGGACAGAGGGAAGCGGCUCCGGAAGAACUGGAGCUCAUCCUGGACGGUGCUGGAGGGGGGGAUCCUCACCUUCUUCAAGGACUCCAAGCACCCCGCUGCCGGUGCCUUGCGGCAGCCCAACACCCUGACAACACCCGAGCACACGGUGGAGCUGCGCGGGGCCACCCUCACCUGGGCCAGCAAGGACAAGUCCAGCAAGAAACAUGUCCUGGAGGGCACCGACCUCCCCGGCGAGGAGGAUGCCGAGAGCGGGGCUGAAUUCGGCUCCCGGGUGCAGCUGGGGGGCAGCGAGGAGAGAAGGGCAGUGGCCGGGCAGGCACCGGGCAGUGCCAGCAGCGAGAGCGACUCCAACAAAGUCCGGAACAAACUCCGCAAGUUCCUGCAGAGGCGGCCGACGCUGCAGUCCCUGCGCGAGAGGGGCUACAUCAAAGAUCAGGUUUUCGGCUGCUCCCUGCAAGCGCUGUGCGAGCGGGAGCGGGGGACGGUGCCCCGCUUCGUCCUGCAGUGCAUCCAGACCGUGGAGAGGAGAGGUCUGGACAUCGAUGGGCUGUACCGGGUCAGCGGCAACCUGGCCACCAUCCAGAAACUGCGCUACAAAGUGGAGCAUGAUGAACACCUGGACCUGGAUGAUGGGCGCUGGGAGGACAUCCAUGUUGUCACCGGGGCACUGAAGCUCUUCUUCCGGGAGCUGACAGAGCCGCUCGUCCCCUUCAGCCACUUCGACAAGUUCAUCGCUGCCAUCAAGAUGCAGGACCCGACCAGGCGGGGCCGGUGCAUCCGUGACCUGGUGUUCUCCCUCCCACCUGCCCACCAUGACACCAUGAAGGUCCUCUUCCGCCACCUCUGCAGGGUUAUCGAGUACAAGGAGGAGAACCGCAUGUCAGUGCAGAGCAUUGCCAUUGUCUUUGGCCCCACACUGCUGCGGCCGGCGAGCGAGGAGGGGAACAUGGCCAUGCACAUGGUCUUCCAGAACCAGGUGGUGGAGCACAUCCUCAACCAGUACAGCUACAUCUUCCCCGAUGGCUAAAACCCCCAGGGGACACACAUGGGGACAAGCCCAGCGGUGGGGGACAUGAAGGAGCAGCGUCUCAGGGGAAGGACUUGGCCACGUGUCACCUCGGUGGUGGCAGUCGUGGGCUCGAUGAAGGACAGUGCGGUGGCCCCGGCUCACUUGGGAUGCGGCUCGAGGGAUGGGUGCUGGAGCUGGGGGCACCCCAAGCACCCCAUCCUCUGCCACCCGCUCCUGCUGGGGCCGGAGCUGCAGAGGUUGA